GUUGCCAAUGAUUCCUCGCUCGCGUCACACGUCUGACCAAUGCUGCCAAGGUUCAAAAUACGACUCAAGCUUCACUAAUAAAUAAAAAAAUAAAAUUAAAAACAAAUGGGAUAAACUUUUGACUCAAAUUGAAAAGACGUUGAGUGACAUUUGUUGUUUUAAUUUAUUUUAUUCAGGUGUGAUAUUAGGUUUUAAGUUUAGUUUUUUAGUAGUGUUGUGAUUUUGUGUUUAGUGCAAUGGAAGAGCAAGGAGAGAUCAAGGAGCGCGUGCGUCGGGCGCCCUUCGAGACCGCGCUGCACCACGCCGGUUACGGCUGUUUCCAAUGGAUGCUGCUGCUGUCAUGCGGCGCAGUAUACGCCGUAUGCGCGCUCAGCACCACAACACUCAGCUUCGUGCUGCCGGCGGCAGAAUGUGACUUCCAGCUCAAGUCCAAAGACAAGGGCAGCCUCACAGCCACGCCACUCAUAGGAAUGUGCGUGGGCUCCUACUUCUGGGGCAACCUGGCGGAUGCCCGGGGGCGCAAGAAGGCCAUCAUCGGAGCCCUGUUGCUGGACGCGCUGGCUGCCUUCAUCUCCAGCGUGGUCCAGAGUUACCCCGCCUUCCUGGCCUGCAGGUUUUUCUCCGGGUUCGGAAUCAUCGGCGCCACAGGCCUCAUCUUCCCCUACUUCGGGGAUUUCCUGUCUCUACGGCAUCGGGACGUCAUGCUGUGCAGACUUGAGGUUUUCUGGACGCUUGGAUGUAUACUCCUGCCAUGCAUAGCCUGGGUCAUCAUCCAAGACCCGCGCUUCAUCUGGGCAUACUCCGAGAGCUUCAAGUUCAACCAGUGGCGGGUCUUCGUGGCCGCCUGCGGUAUCCCGAGUCUGCUGGUGGUGCUGCUGCUGCUGCCCUUCCCGGAGAGUCCCAGGUUCCUGCUGUAUGUGAACCAGCCGGAGAGGGCGCUGCAGGUGCUGCAGAAGAUCUUUGUGGUCAAUACUAGGAUGAACUCUAAGGAUUUCCCGGUGGAAUCCAUGAUAAGCGCUGGCGAAGGCGACGAAGAGGAAGAGAUCGUGACAGCAGAUAACAACGGCAAUGAGACCAAAGCAGCUCUGACCUGGAAGCAGCGCUGGCAGAACUUCUGGAUCCGCAAGAAGAUGCUCACCACCCAGCCCUACAUUGGCCUGCUUAUCUUAUGCUGCUUUGUGGAUUUUGGGCUUAUGUUCAGUUACUACACCCUGAUGAUGUGGUUCCCGGACCUCUUCGAGCGGUUCAGCCAGUUCACAGCUGCCAACCCUGACGUCCCCGCUGGCGUCUGUGAGGUGUCCGCCAAUAUUUCACAUAUUGAGGCAGUAGACGGUAACUGUCAGCAGACGGUCGCAUCCCAAGUAUACCAGCACACAUUGGUGGUCGCGCUGAGUUGCGUGCCCGUAGCACUGGGCGUGGGUGUCUUUAUCAACAUGAUUGGGAAGAAAGUGAUGCUUGUUCUGAUGUUAAUGAGCUCAGGCCUAGCUGUCCUGGGUAUGAGCUUGGUGCGCUCCGCGCUAGAGAACUUGAUCCUCUCAUGUGUCUUCGAGUCUAUCGUCAGCUGCACAGAGGCUGUUCUCUUCUGUGUCAUUUGUGAGAUCUUCCCCACUAAAGUUGCAGCAACAGCAAUGGCGGUGGCAGUGAUGUGCGGUCGAGUCGGGGCCAUAGUCGGUAAUGUGGUGUUUGGGGCACUAGUGGAUCAGCAUUGCGUCGUGCCUAUAUAUAUCUUCGGGGCAUUACUUAUAUCGAGCGGACUACUCUGCAUCAUACUUCCAAAGAGUACACGGCCAGAGCGGCCGCAGUAACUGUAUUUGUUAAUAAACUCUAUGUCUAUAGUAA